AUGAGGCCAGUCUCAGGGUGCACAGCCGGCCAGCCCAUCGGGUUGUGCCUCACCAGGGUCCUGGUCCGUGCAGGGGAUGAGGGUCUUCCCUGGCGGCAUGUCCUCUGGCACCCAGGCAAGCUGCACUGGCAGAUCAAAGACGGGUGCCUUAUUGACUUCCUCCACAUUGACCAUUCUGGCGGCACUUUCCAAAUCCCCGCUUGGCAAAUUGUUGGUAAAUGGCUGCAUGAUGCUGCUUCAAACGGGGACUCCACAGCAGGGAAGCAUUUGGCAACCUGGUGGCAGAUCCUGGCCACUCUUCGCCAGUCCUCACCGCUGAUCACGACGAUCCUCGUGGCGCAAGCACCUCUGUCAGGAACGGCUGAGUCGGGUGAUGACCCUGAUAAUCCUAAUGACCCUAUGGACCCCUUUGAUCCUGGUUUUAUAGAUCCGGAGAAGGAGCUGGACUUGUUUUCUCCUCCUGCUGAGUUGCAGACAUUUACAAGGAAGCAGGGGUGGGCACCUCAGGGCUGGUCUGUGUGCCUGCCUUGCCAGGAGCAUCCCAGGGAGCAAACCUCUAUUGCCACUGCAGCGGUGCUGGUGCUGCUUCUCUCCCUCCUGCAGCUACAAGCCAGCGACUUUGCUGUGCUGAAGUGGCUGGUGCUGCUGCUGGAGGAGCUCUCCCACACCUACCCUGAGCCCCUCAUCCAGGAGCUGGCUUCAGACCUGCACAUCACCAUCUGCACCCAUGGGGCCUUCUCCCCUGGGACAGUGGGAGCUGUUGCUGACAGCGUGCUGGGGAAGAAGACAGGGAUGGGAGUGCAGAGCCCUGCCAGCGUUCCCGGUGGAGCCCCAAGCCCAGGGGGUGGCUGGGCACUGCCACGGCACAGCCACAGCAGCCCUUCAGCUCCUAGGGAGAGGAGCAAGGAGCAGAGCAUGUGCCAUGAGCCUGGCACCACCAGUCCUGCUCUAGCCCCAUGUGCCGAUGGCCAGGCCCUGGCUGGGCUCCAGGAGCUCCUGGUGUCAGCCUACAACCCGCAGCCCCCGAACCGGGCAGCCUCCCUGCACUGCCUCACCAGCCUCAUCACACAGUGCAUCACACAGGCACUGCGGCUUCAGGUGAAACUCCUGCAGGUGUUCCUGGAGAAUGUGCAGCACGAAGACACCUUCAUCUACCUCUCAGCUAUCCAAGGUGAGGCCCUGCUCUCCAGUGAGUACCCAGAGUGGAUCCUGCCCAUCCUGCUGGCACAGUAUCGGUGCCUGGCACACGGCAUGGAGGACGCUGUGGCUGCCAUCACCAGGAUGAAGCUGGGUGAGGUGCUGAUGCACAUCACCCAGGCGCUGGAGGACAUGGUGUUCAAGCACCGGGAGCCACUGGCCCAGGCCUUCCUGCAAGGCGCACAGGACCCCGACAGAGCGCUGCAGGCCAGCAGCCUCUCCAACCUGAGUGAGCUCUGCCAGUGCCUCAGCUUUCAGCUGGGCUCCAUCCCAGUCACCUCCUGCAUGACAGCCAUAACCAAGAUGGACCCUGAGGCGGAGGUGUGAAGAGCCGCUGUGCAUGCGGUGGUGGUGGCGCUGCUGCGGGGACUCAGUGAGAAGGCCAGUGAGGUGCUGCAGGACAUCCUGCGGGACCUUUACUGCCUGCUGAAGUACGUGGUGGCGGCUGAGCCUGACAGCGUGAACGUGCUGCACACCCAGCUGGUGCUGGAGGAGCUGGACACGGUGAUGAAGAGGCUUCUCUUCCCCCCACAAGCACUGGAGAAGAAUAUUGUAGUGCUGCCAUAGCGGGGCUGGGGCUGCAGAAAUGAACUCUUCCUGCUCUGGCGUUGGGGCCAAGUAGCUCUCCAAGGGAAGGGGUUCGCUGUGCCCUUGGGACA